CUGAAAACUCUGUAAUCAUUAGAGAAAAGUCCGUCCCUUCUCCUUGUUUCAGCUCCUGAAGCAAAGUCCAGAAGAAGCAGCAAAGAUUGGUUCCCCCGACCCACCAGGGGCUCCAGGUCCAGGAAGGACGGUGCAACGGCACAGGCUGCGUAAGGACAAUGCAGAAGCCAGGAAAAUUCCCCAUAACAGUGGGACCAUCCCUCCUCGCUCCUCCCAUCCCCCACUUACAUAAAGUUUGAGAGAGACAAGCAGCAAAGAUUGGUUCCCCCGACCCACCAGUUACUCCAGGACCAGGAAGGACGGUGCAUCAGCACAGGCUGCAUAAGUUAUAGUUUUGACCUGCACAACAUCCCCUGGCAACAAAUUCCACAGGUUGACUGUGCCGUGUGUGACAAGGAUGACAGAAGAUUCAAAAACGCACUGGGCUGAUUUGUUUUCAAAAUGGGGCAGUAAACUUCCCGGUCUGUCUGUGGAGGAAUCUGAAGAAUUCCAGACCGCUGUCAAAGCUGGGAACUUGUCAAAAGCCAUUUCUGUGGUGAAAAAGUCUGAUGAGUUGCUAAGAAAUACCAAACUCAACAUCGCCAUCACAGGGAACACAGGCUCUGGGAAGUCGUCUUUCAUCAAUGCCAUAAGAAGCUUGAAUGAUGAUGACAAAAGCGCAGCUGAGACUGGGGUGGUAGAAACAACACAGAAGCAAACUUCUUACCCCCAUCCCAUAUACCCAAAUGUGAUUGUGUGGGAUCUACCUGGGAUUGGAUCACCAAAGUAUCCAGCAGAAACAUAUGUAAAAGACAUGAACCUUGAUCAAUAUGACUUCAUCAUCAUCGCAGCCGGGCGCUUCACAGAAGCUGAUACCAAACUUGCCAAAGAAAUCAAGAGGAUGGGGAAGAAGUUUUACUUUGUCCGCUCCAAGGUGGAUAUCGACUUGACUAAUGAACAAGGAAAAAGAGAUUUCACAGAGGAGAAAACUCUACAGGCAAUCAGAAAUAACUCCAUGAGGCACUUGCAAGAAGCAGGGAUCAUCUGCCCACAGGUUUUCCUGGUGACGAGAAGGGACUUUCACAAGUACGAUUCUCCCCAACUGCAGAAGACUUUUGCGAAUGACCUCAACACUCACAAGAGACACGUUCUCAUCUGUGCCCUGCCCAGCACCUCUGAAAAAAUCUUGGAAGAGAAACAGAAGACCCUGCAGGAACAAAUCUGGAAACAAGCCCUGUGGUCGUGCCUUAUCGCUGCUGUUCCUCUCCCAUUUCUCUCGGUUGAGUGUGAUGUCAACAUCUUGGUGGCAAACAUGAGGCAGUAUUGCAAGUCCUUUGGCCUGGAUGAUGAUUCACUCAAAUCACUCGCUAAGCAGGUUAGGAAGUCUGUUGAUGAGCUGAAGUCUGAGAUAAAGACCCCUCUGGUCAAAGAUAUAACAAGAGAAGAGGCUUUGAAGCGGCUCAGAGAGGCUACAGGGGAACGUAUGAUGACAGUUAAAUAUUUUAUCAGUGUGGUACCACUGAUUGGUUCGGGGAUAGCAGCAAAGAGAUCUUACAAUAUCACCUAUGAAAUGCUACAUACGUUUUUGGAUGAAGUUACAGAAGAUGCUCAACGAGUCCUGAAAAAGGCUUUGGAGGGAGCAGAGAAUAACCAAUAACAGUGUCCCAAGGCAGAGCUUUCCCCCAAAUUCCCAGGAUAAACUGCCACAACCCGAGUCUCUUUUCUGUAAUUUUAUUGUCCCAAACUUAAACAAACCAAAAACCAAAACCAUUUCUUGGAUCACCCUUGCAUUGCCGACUUUCAUGGCCUCCACUUCUAGGGGUCUCUGGCAGUCCUGCUGCUCCUGAUUCCUGCCUCUCUCUCAGCCAGUCCCUCCUCAGUGGUUCUCUCUAGGGUCUGUCCACACUGCGCACUAAGCCUUGACUCUGACUCAGGUUUGAGACUCAACCUCUGUUCCUUCCACACUCAAAUCAGUCUGACUUGGGAGCGGGUCAUAGGACCCUGCUGGGGGGUGGGUCAGAGCCCAAGUCCUACUGUGACUCAGGUCCAACCCCUGUCAUUCUGCAGUGUGGACACACAUCAAGCUGUAGACCCAAUCAGAAGCUCGGCGUAGUGCAGUGUGGACACACUAGCACAGCCCCGAGACCUGGAUCCAGCACUUGUAAACUCAGGUUUACAAUGCAGUGUGGACACUCAAGUGCAGGCUUGGAAACAGUGAGUCCACAAGCUCGGGUCCCAUAGACCCAGGGUUACAAUGCAGUGUAGACAUAUCCUCUUGGACCUGUAUUACCCCAGUGCAGCCCCAUCCCUUAAUUAUCCCAGCUGGGAGCUCCUGUUCUAGCACAGGGAGGGAAGGGGAGUUUGGACCCACUUCAGUCACAGGGGCCAGAUAUCCUGUGACAGAGAACAAAAGAGCAACAGAUCUGACACCAACACCAUGGCAAGUGGGGACUGGAUCUGAGUAGAGAGGAGGUGGUGUUUCCUUCCUUCUCACAUGUAAUGUGACAGAUGAGAGAGAGACUGACUAAGAUGUGUGGAGGGGAGGGAACAGCUAGGUUUUUUUCUGUUAAAUGAAGAUGAUUUUUAAUAAGGCUGGAAACAGACAAAGCUGAGGUUGAAUUUCCAGCGUCUGCUAUUAUUUCUGAUCAUCCCACAGGAAAAGGGGACACUGUCCGAUGAAAUACUAUAUUAAACACACACUCCUCACCUGUGUCACUAAUAGCACCGGGCAAAGGUGUGAAUUCUCAGCACCAUUAAGGCCUCGCCUACAUUGGACUGUUAGAUCAACCUACCCACGUUGCACAGGGCUGUAUAAAAAUGUCACUAACCCGUGCUGUAGAUGCGGCUAAAUCAAUGGAAGAAUUCUUUUAUCAACCUAGCUCCUGUCUCUUGGAAAUGAGGAUUUGACAUCAAUGGAAAACCCCUUUCAUUAAUGUAGGAAGCAUCUGUCCUGUGGCACUGCGGCUACAGUACUGGAUGUACGGGUCUUUCUGCACUAUGGAGACAGUAUAUAAUCGUAGCUACAUCGCUGUAGAUAUGUCAACAUGGAAACAACCUUAGAAUUUCAGCGAGGCUGUGGAAACGCUGAACUUAUAUUUUAACCUCUUGGGGAACAUGUGGCUGGGAAGCAAAACACACAGGUUUUAGCAAAGGAAAUUCUUAUCCACAGACAGCAACCAGCAAUCUGUGAUCCGAUUGUGAAACUCCGCCCGACACCGACUGUGUCAUAGGGGUGGGCCAACCGUUAAGAGUCAUUAUAAAGUCAGUAGAUCCUGCUUGUCAUUUUGACAGCUCUCUGUUCUAGUGCUCUAUGGGGUGUUACGCUCCCCUCCCAGCAGCGGAGAUGUCUCGGUAUUGCCUCACAACAGGCUGUGCAUAAACUAGAUUAAACUGGAUUGAGCUGAGGCCUCAAAAUGGCGAACAGAAUCCAACAUGGAAGCCUGCAAACAAAAUGGAUGGUGUAUAGCUGACACAGACAUGCAAAAUGGAUGAUGUAUACCAGACACAGACACACAAAAUUGAUGGUCUACAGUGGACACGGACACACAAAAUGGAGGGUGAAUAGCAGACACGGACACACAAAAUGGAUGAUGUAUACCAGACACAGACACACAAAAUUGAUGGUCUACAGUGGACACGGACACACAAAAUGGAGGGUGAAUAGCAGACACAGACACACAAAAUGGCUGAUAUAACUUGGUUCAAAUCUUCCACAAUCCAUCACAUCCAUAUUCUUAGCAGCAAGACAAUAACAACCUGGGAGCUGUAGCCUGCUCAGCGACCCAGAUGUCCGCUCUUGCUGCUUUAAUGCAGGGCCCUGAGCCCGUCAGAGUCUGUCUACACUUGGAGCUAGGGGCGCGAUGCCCAACUUGCAGAGACAUCCUCACGCUUGCUCUCAAGGAGCUAACACACUAAAACCAGUAGUGUAGCUGGGGUAUCAUGGGCAGUGGAGGUAUGGACUAGCCAUCCUGAGUACAAACCCACCUGGACCCCCAGCUCCAAGUGUAGAUGUAGCCUGAAAUGCACUCUAAGAAACUCCUGGGACCAGAUCCCCAGCUGGUGUGAAGGGACAUAGCUCCGUUGAUUCAAUCCCAUUUACACAGCUGUGGUUCUACUCCUCCAUACAUCCAUUUACCCAGCCUCUCCGUAGGGGUUGGCUAAAGUUUCAGUUCUCUGGCUGUGGUGAUAAAACUAGAGGCUAUUAUUAACCCUGUAACUAAGAUGUACCCUGAGCAGGGUUUGGAAGUGUCCGGCUGCUAAACCUGUAUCAGAGGCUUAAUAGUUAAUGAGAAGCCCACAUUUGCAUUUGACAACCCUGAGCUGCGGUUUCAGCUACUGCUGAUACGUUUAAUCCCUGAUUUGCUUGAUUGAUGCUGAGUUUAGAUUUGCCUGGGAACUUCCGACCCCCCUCAGACUGAGCUGAGGUGCUGGGAUUAUAAUCACAGGGUGUUUGUCUCUCAUGACUAUUAGUUCAUGUGAUGCUAUGUAUCAAACUGUUGCUAUUUAUUUGCUCAAUGUUUCAUACCUGGUAACCCGUGUGGAUUCAGACUCAUCGCUCCAUGUACUCGUCGCUUGUCGUUUGAUGGUCAUUCCAAACCUUGUAGAAGUGCAUUUAUCCUUCAAUAAACUGCUGUAGAAUUUGAUCUGA